UGCUGGGACCCAGCUGGGGCAGGCGAGGGAGCGGCAGGGGCACCGGUUGAGACAGGUCCCCUGCGCCGGGCAUCCUGGAGCUUGGAGGGACCGUACGGGACCAUGCAGCUGGGCGCCUCGCCUCCCUCCCCGGGCCUUUGCAGAUGUGGGGAUCGGCACCGCGAGCGAUAAAUGAUUCUCCCCAGGACUCUCCUUUGUGCUGUUCUGCUGCUGCUGCUUGUAUCGGUGCUGAGCAAGGGCAAGGCGAAGUGCAGCAUUGUGGAAAUCCUGCGGCAAUACCAAGCCGUGAUCUUCGAUGAGCUCCAGAACCUGAAAAACUUGACUCGAUCUGCUGAAACCCCAAGGAGGGGGAGAGCUGGCCUAGCCUGCCUCUCUAACAAGGAGCAGAAAAUCCUGCUGUCUAUCUCCACCAUGAGCAUGUCUCUCAGGAACAUGGUCAGAGGCCCCUGGAGGAAUCCUGAAGUGGUGGCUGUGAUGCAGGUGGUCAGCAACACGGAGUCUGUGACCAAACAGAACUGCAAGAAAAUCCACAAGAAGAGUCUGUCAACAGCUACAGAGAAACCGCGACACAGAGGCCAGGGCAACAGGAGAAAGCAGCUGAAGGUGAUAGCGCGAACAGUGGAAAACUUGGUCACCUGCUGGGAGAAGCUGUUCUCUCUCCACUCAAAGGACUGGGACACAUAGGGUCAGUAGGAAGCAGUGUAUGGUGCUCUCCCCAUGGGUGCUGAGUACCUGGGAUUGUACCACCACCUCCGUACUAGCCAGUAAGCAACACUGAUUUCCUGGAAACUCCUUGCCUUCUGAUUUCUUGGUUCUGCCAUUGGGUGAAGCAGGCGGUGCUGGGGCAGGCUUUCCAUUGCAUCCCAUCCUUCUCUUUGGGGACUGGAGAGGGACGUCUCUUGUGCUCAUGGCCCGCUCUGCUACUGUUCCAGGUAGCAAAUACUGAGGGUCAGAUUCAGCCCUGAAAUCAGCUGAGUGGCAUCAACAGAAUUUGCUCCUUUGUGCUGAAUAAAACUUUGUUGGACAUUU